GAUAGACCUUAGAGCGCUUCAAUUCAAGCCAACCCGGGAGACGAUCAGAAAUUGGAGACCGCUGCAAGUUCUGAUUUCCCCAAGCAAUGAUGAUUCUCUUGUGUGCAAAUACUCAAAAUGCUUUCCUGAAAUUCUCUCUUCCCCAGUUUACACGGAAAUUGGUGACCAAACUACCAAAACUACCAACCCAGCCAUUCACUAGCAGGCAGGUGAACCACCUUAUCAAACACCUUUAUUCUGCUCAACCUCCAGCCAACCAUCAGAAACUCUUUGCUCUUCAUAUAUUUGAAGCCAACAGCAUUUCUCUUCAUCAUCCAAGAAUUAAAAAAAACAAAGUAUCAGGAUUACUUCAAAAUGUCAGGUAGCAAGUCAAUUGAAAAUGAGCGUGCAGGGGCAGAAAUUGUUUAUGGGGCUGAAGAGUGCCAUCGCCACUCCAUAGAACUUCUUGAAGAGCUAGGAUUUCCCAAGGGCGUUCUUCCCCUGCAAGAUCUUGAAGAAUGUGGGAGAGUUAGAGAAACUGGAUUUGUGUGGAUGAAGCAAAAGGCACCCAGUGAGCAUUUCUUUGUUGGAACCAAUACUAAGGUAAGCUAUGCCAUUGAGGUGACUGCCUAUGUAGAGAAGUUCAAGAUGAAGAAAAUGACUGGUAUUAAGAGCAAGCAGAUGUUUUUAUGGGUGCCAAUAAUUGAAAUGAGUAUUGAAGACCCAGCAAGCAAGAAAAUACACUUCAAGACUCCAAUGGGGAUUGGAAAGUCUUUCCCAAUCACAGCUUUCAUGACAGAUGAGGAGAAGCAGCAGAAGCAACUGGAGCAAUCCAUUGAAUGAAGGCUUGCUGAUUGCAUUUGGACUUCAUUUGGCCAUUCUCUUGAUGAUUGCUGCUGUCUUCCCUUAUGUUUUUUCCAAAUAAUUUCACCAUUGCACUUGGUGUCUAAAUUUCAUCUAAAUAUACAUUUAUGAAUGUCCCUGUUUGUUCUUCUUAUUUUAAUUUUAAUUUCAGCUUCAGUUUAA